CUUCCAUUUUCACAACAUAGCAGCAGCAGCAGCCCACCCAAACAGAUCACGAGUCCUUCUAAGUUUGCAGUUUUAAAGCAAACUGUGAGUCCUCUGCGACAACGGCAGCCGCUGGAAGACCAAGACCCCAACUCUCAAGACAGUGGCUAUGGAGCUUUCUUGGAUAAAGAUGAAGCAAAGUCUGGGUUUCGGUUUGUGGAACCAAAUGGUCUGGCUCCCAGGAGACAUCUUUCAGAACAGUCGCCAAAGAAGGAAAUUUCUCCCAUCUGUUCUCCUCGAAAAAAAAUCAGUGGUCAGUCGAACUCGCCUCUCUUUCGCAGUCUGUCUUCUGGAAGUGAGUCUGUCGACGAUGGUUUCACAGAACUUCUCGAUCUUGAGAAAAUGGAAGAAACUGCAUAUCUGCCUACAGGAAUCACUAGUCUCCUUUCAGGCCCUAUCAUCAGAGAUCACCACACAAUCGCGAAUCUGUCACGUUCUCCAAAAGAAGAGAUUCCGAGAUCAAACCUUCAACGCAGUCUUUCACUAGUGGACAAUCUUACACCAGCAUCAAGCAGGGCGCGUCAUUGCUUGUUCAAGCCUUCGGCUUCGGCGCAUGCUCACGUACAAGAGGAUGCCAGCGGGCCGAUUGAACUGGAGACUUUACGUGCCUUUAAGCGUCCUGACCCACCAUGCGAUAUCGGACAUCUUCAAUCAAAACGGCGGAAAUCAAGUUCAUUACAUGUUAUCCGAGAGAAUGUUUUGACUUCCAGCUCACCCAACCUCCAGCGAAGCUUCUCUGAAACAGAAGCCACCAUUAAAAAGGCUCUGCUAAGAUCUACUCAGAUUCCAGACCUAAUAGGAGAUUUUAGCAGGCCAUUUAUUUUACCGUUGAUGGAAGGUCGACAUCAAGAUCUCAAAACUAUAUCAGCAGAUACCUUAGCAUCUCUUUUGAAUGGAAAUUUCAAUGAAGAAGUGGAAGCCUACACAAUCGUUGACUGCCGGUAUCCAUAUGAAUAUGAUGGAGGCCACAUCAAAGGGGCAAAAAACAUAUUUACCAAAGAACAAAUAUUUAAAGAAUUUGUAGACAUCAAACAACCAGCACAAAAUCAAGACACUGGAGAUUCAUCACAAGAAAAUGAAACAUCUGUAGGUGGAAAGCGGAACAUUUUAAUCUUCCACUGUGAAUUCUCAUCAGAGCGUGGGCCCAGUUUGUUCCGAUUUUUACGUAACUCGGACCGGGACCGAAACAAAGAAUCCUACCCAACACUUAACUACCCAGAGUUAUAUCUGCUGCACGGUGGUUACAAGACAUUCUUUGAAAGGCACGGUGACAAGUGUGAGCCUUGUGCGUAUCGACCCAUGCUUGACCCUGAUCACGAGACUGACCUGCGACAUUUCCGCUCAAAGUCAAAGUCCUGGAAUGGAGACAGUAAGAGUCGUUUGGCACUUCGCAGCAAUCUCAAGCGCUUAGGUUUAUAAAAAUUGGCAGUUGGAUAUUACGUGUUUAUUAUUGAUUGUGUCCAAGUUACGAAUUCUUAUCAUGCAAAUAAAUUUGAUGACUCACAUGACAUUUCAUUGAUAAAUUCCAUAACCUAGUGGGUUGCUAUGUGUUUUGUGUUGUGGUGUAGAUCAAUGGAAUGAAAAAUAUUUUGCUUAGUUGAAUAAAAUAUGAGUUUUGUUUUAGUUAAAAGACUUUGGAUCAGAAUAUGAAUACUUGGACAAUACAUCGUGUCAUAAAUUUUAAAGUUGCAGAUGAUUUAAUUUGGCAUAUAGAUUCUAGAAAGUGUAGUGCUUAAUUGAGUGUCAUCUGUUUAAAUGUGUUCAUCAGUGUAAUAAUUUUAAGAACUGUAGUCGCCAAAAAUAUAUAUAAACGUUAUUUGAAGACAUACAUGCAUAAAACGAUAUCUGAUAGAUCUCAAUGGAUACGAAUUGCAUCAUCUCAUUAAUAUAAGAUUUCACUUUUUGACAAGAAAACAUCCUGUGAUCUCUUUUAUAUAGAUGUGAAAUAAUGGUGGUUUUUGAUGCACAAUUGGAAUUUAGUGAAGCAGUGCGCAUGUCUCUUAUUAGAUUAUGGGAAUACACUAGAUUACGCUUAGAAUAUUACCUCAAAACCCAUAACUGAAUAUGAAAUUGGGAAGAGAUGUUGAAAAAAUUUGAAGAAAUCUGUCUUAUUAAUAUUCUACUAUUGCCAUUUUUUUUUCCAGAAUACAUGCUGAAUAUAUAUAUAUAUACAAAAUUACACAUAAGUUUACUUAAUAAAACUCCAAUGUGAACUAAAUAUUUCAAACUUAGGCAAGUUAUACGUUAAAAGAUGAAUUAUUUUUUGCCACAAUCUGUUUUUAAAUUUUGUAGUAUAUUCUAAAAUAUACAAGUCUAAGAAACUUCAGCCAUUUGACCCAAGAAUAUGCAAGUAAUGAGUAUUUCUGAAGUGCAGAAAAAGAGAAAUCUCAUGACAACGAUGCUUGGUGACAUUAAAUUUUGUUACUUUUAAGUUUUUUGUAUAAUUCAUGAAAAUAGCUGCAUAACAUUGUUGUACAGAGUAAAUCAGCAAUAAAUAACUGCUUAUUUCAUA